AUGGAAGCGGUCUCCGGCAAUGGUCGUUACAAUUGGGCCAAAGAAGUGAAGGAAUUCGACGAAACCAAAGCGGGCGUGAAAGGACUUGUAGACGCCGGCGUGGUGAGGAUCCCCAGAUUCUUCGUCCACCCACCUGAGAGUAUUCACAGUCCAUCGACGCCCGAUAAAAUGAGUGGUAUUGAACUAGAGCUCCCCACGAUGGACUUCCGAGGCGUCGAGAGUGGUGGUGCUCGGAGAAAGGAGAUUGUGGAUGGGAUUCGACAGGCGGCCUCGACGUGGGGUUUCUUUCGGAUGGUGAAUCAUGGAGUUCCAAUGAGCAAGAUGGAGGCCGUAUUAGAAGGUGUCCGACGAUUCCACGAGCAACCGGUGGAGGUGAAGAGGGAGUUCUAUUCCUCUGAUAGUAAGCAGAGAGUGAGGUUUACCAGCAAUGUUACUGAACUUGAUGUUGCAUGCUGGAGGGAUUUGUUAACUUGUGGUUUUUAUGAUGAUACAUUGGACUCUGAAGCUAUUCCUCUGGUUUUCAGGACAGCAUUGGUGGUCUACAAGUUUUUCAUCAAAAUCAAUGGAUUGAUGUGGCUCCUGUCCCUGGAGCUCUAA